AUACUAAUUAAAUAUCAACACACACCUAAGAGUUAAAAAAGAUGAUCAAAAAGAAUUGUAUGUUGCUUCUAGUUGAAACAAUGGAUUGGAAAUACCCUCAACUCCUCAAAAGCUUAAAGUUACCUCUUCAAGCAACCAAUCUCAAUGCUACAAUUACUAUUUCCUAACAGACAAGGAACACAGAAAGAGCUUCAAUGGAGAAAGAGAUUGUGGAAAACCUUUGGAAUGGUGAUAGUGAAGCUCAAAUUCAAGCAGCAAUGAAACUUAGUAGAUUGUGUAGUAAGCAAAAACACAAUUUGGCAGAAAGUGGAGUUAUGGUCCCUCUGGUUUCCAUGCUUCAUUCUGAAAACUUUGAAGCUAUAGAAGCUUCUCUUUGUGCUCUUCUAAACCUUUCCUUUGGGAGUGAAAGAAACAAGAUUCGGAUCGUCAGAUACGGAGUUUUGCCAAUUUUGCUGAACCUCCUCCAUUGUGAAAGCCAGACAGUGAUACAAUUGUCAUUAGCAGCCAUGUUAACACUUUCUUCAUGCAAGAGAAAUAAGAUAGCUAUAGCUUCAUCUGGUGCGGUUCAGAUUUUGGUUGAAUUUAUCAAUAGUAGUAACACACACACUCAGUCUCAACUAGAUGCUAUAGCUACUCUCCAUAACCUCACAACCUGCCAAGAGAUUAUUCCAUUGAUUGAAUCUUCUGGUGUUAUACUCUCCUUGCUUGAACUGAUCCACGGCUCGGUAAAAUCGUCUUCAUCAGUUGAGAAAGCGAUAGGGUUGCUAGAAAAGAUUGUUUCUUCAUCAGAGAGUGCACUUUGUGAGACUGCUAGUACCGGAGGAGCGAUUCGGAUACUGGUUGAGACUAUUGAGGAUGGAUCAUCACUUGGCAAAGAGCAUGCAGUUGGUAUACUUCUCCUUAUAUGUCAAAGCAGCAGAGAAAAAUAUAGAGUAUUGAUUUUGACAGACGGGGUGAUGCCGGGAUUGCUUCAGUUAAGUGCCGCUGGUACGUGCAGAGCCAAAUCCAUGGCUAGAGAAUUGCUAUUGCUUCUGAGAGACUGCUCGAGUUGUAGCUCGAGACAUAGACAAAUUAAUCAUGAGCUUAUAGAACAGAUAAUGGACGAGAUUGAUGCAGAAGGAGAGAAAUUGGGACAUACUACUUUGAGAUUGGUAGAGGAGAUGAUUGCAAAGCUCAAUACAUAAUCUUUCACAUAAAUAAUGUUUUCGAAAUAGAUUCGGCUCAUAAUGUAUUCAUGCAUCUCUUGUUUCUUUCUAAUUUUUUUGGUAUUAUAUUUUUAAUGAUGAUGACUUCUAGUUUAGGACCUAACUUCAGGGAAGGUAUAUUGAAGUGAUACAAUGUAGAAUUGUUCACAUCUCUAUGUAUAUAUGAUUGGUUCUGGUUCGAUUCAUGAACUAUGAUGCAAGU